AUGAGUGACAGGGUAGCCAUUAGUCUUGUGCAAGGCCAUAGUCAUGGCGGAGUCGCUUUGGUGUUUGAUAUUGAUGAUAUACGAAUCCUUCGAAACCUGGGCAUCGCGGGAAUCUUGGCAGGCACCUUGCCUUCAGCUACGCAACAAAAUGCGUUUCUUAGCGUGCCGCUGCGACUAAUGACUGAAGAGGCACUAUGGUUGGUGGAAAAAGGUGCUGCAUAUUUUGUAACUGGUCCAGAGAGCGUUACGAGUGCAGCUAAUGCAGUUACACCUCAGGACAUGCUACAGACUCGCCAAAAGCUUGAGUUAUCAUUUGCAGAACAACGAGAGUUCAAGCAACAAGAACAUGUGGAGAAAUUGCGACAACUAGGACUACCGUCCGACGAUGGACAGAGUCCGACGACCAAAUCUUUGCUUUUGGAAUCUUCAUUAUUUAUAGAGACACCGAACUCAUCAGCGCUGGUUCCUAACCAGCCACAAGAUCCGGCGCGACAGAAGCUUCUUUGGAAACAGCUUCGGGAUGCUUGCAAGAAUCAGGGUGACUACCACGUUUAUAAAGCGCUCAGACAACAAGAGUAUUUUCUUUCACCAGGUGCCAGGUUCGGCGGCAGAUUCAUUGCAUACCCGGGCGACCCGCUAAGAUAUCACUCUCAUAUGACAGUACAGCCUGCACUAGACUAUAGUCGGGAUUCCCUGGAUCUUUUACAAGUCGUGAGCGGAGGCAGACUUGGAACUGGCGUUAAAAAGCUAUGGGUUGUAGCUGGUGUGAAGCCCGAAGCCGAGGAUCCUUCGGAACAGGUUUCAUUUUUUUCAAUUGAAUGGGCCGCUUUUGGUUAA